UAACUCAGUGAGUAACAGUAGCCGCAGCUGAAAUAAAGCAAAAACAAAAAGAAACGGAACUUCAAGGUGAAGUAAUUUGGCUUAAAUUUAAAAACUCAGCUACUGCCGCCGCCGAGGCCAGAGGCAGAGGCGCAACUGCUGCCUGAAUUGAAGAGAAGUUAGUCAUAGCAUAAUACAUACGACGUAUAUAUUGCGAUGAGUGCCAAGAGUAAACGCCCCGGGACGGCAAAUGGUCAGCAGCAGCAGACGCCAAAUGAGUGUGUUCAAGUGGUUGUCCGAUGUCGUCCCAUGAGCAAUCGUGAACGUUCCGAGGGCUCCCCCGAAGUGGUCUCCGUCUAUCCGAAUCGUGGUGUUGUGGAACUACAAAAUCUGAUUGAUGUGAAUAAGGAGCAACGGAAGGUCUUUACCUAUGAUGCAGCCUAUGAUGCCAGCGCCACACAGACAACUCUCUAUCACGAAGUGGUCUUUCCAUUGGUCAGCUCUGUGCUAGAGGGUUUUAAUGGUUGCAUUUUUGCCUAUGGCCAGACGGGUACUGGCAAAACCUUCACCAUGGAGGGAGCCAGAGGCAAUGAUGAACUGAUAGGCAUUAUUCCACGGACAUUUGAGCAAAUUUGGCUGCAUAUUAAUCGCACAGAGAAUUUUCAAUUUCUUGUGGAUGUAUCCUAUCUGGAAAUCUAUAUGGAAGAGCUGAGGGAUUUGCUUAAGCCCAAGCAAUCCAAGCAAUUGGAAGUACGUGAGCGUGGCUCUGGCGUUUAUGUACCCAAUCUGCAUGCCAUCAACUGCAAGAGUGUCGAAGAUAUGUCUCGAGUGAUGCAGCUGGGUAACAAGAAUCGCACGGUUGGUUUCACCAACAUGAACGCGCAUAGUUCACGCUCACAUGCCAUUUUUAUGAUCAAAAUCGAAAUGUGCGACACAGAGACGAAUACAAUAAAGGUAGGCAAAUUGAAUCUAAUCGAUCUGGCGGGCAGUGAACGUCAAUCGAAAACGGGUGCAUCUGCUGAACGCCUCAAGGAAGCCAGUAAAAUCAAUUUGGCUCUUUCCUCACUGGGCAAUGUUAUAUCCGCCCUGGCUGAGAGUUCACCCCAUGUACCGUAUAGGGAUUCGAAGUUAACGAGAUUACUCCAGGAUUCGCUGGGUGGGAAUUCCAAGACCAUUAUGAUAGCCAAUAUUGGACCAUCAAAUUAUAAUUACAAUGAGACAUUAACAACAUUGCGGUAUGCUUCGCGAGCGAAAUCCAUACAGAAUCAGCCCAUCAAGAACGAGGACCCUCAGGAUGCCAAGCUUAGGGAGUAUCAAGAGGAAAUUGAGCGUCUCAAGCGGUUAAUAGCACCACAGCAGCAACAGCGAAGUGAGAAACAGGCAGCUAAUAAAAAACCACGUGCUAAGAGACCCAAGCCUAAGGAACAACAAUUGGCAUUGGCCACCACCACCAACACAGAGCCCGAGGUGGAAGAAGAAGAGUCAACCGAUUCUGAAGCGGACAAAGAAAAUGAGGCAGAGGUGGCCAAAUCGAAUGAGGAGCUAGAAAAAGAGCGUGUGGAGAAUGCUAAAUUGGCAGCCAAAUUGGCCGAAUUGGAAGGCCAAUUAGUUAGGGGUGGCAAAAAUUUGCUGGAUACCUAUAGUGAACGUCAAAUUGAGCUGGAAAAGAAAUUGGUUGAGAUAGCUGAGCGAAAGAAACGGGAAAUUGAAAUCCAACAGCAAUUGGAACUGCAAGAGGAGACCACAUUGGAAAUACGUGAACGCAACAUCUCCCUGGAGCAAGAAGUUGAGCUGAAAAAGCGUAAAUUGUCCAAAUGUUACGCCAAAUAUUUGGCAUUACAGCAGGAACUAAAUGACUGCAAACACGAUCAUAACCAGGAUCUACGUGAACUGGAGAUGGCACAGAAUGAGCUGGUUAAAGAGUUGAAACGUCAGCUCUUAAUCAUUGACAAUUUUGUGCCCAUUGAGGUAAAGCAACGUCUGUACACGCAGGCCAAAUACGACGAGGAGCAAGAGGAAUGGAAAUUUUCAUCGCUGCCACUGCCGAUGUCCUUGACACCGGAUGGUAAAUUUGGCAGCAAACGUCCCGUAUCGCAUCCACAGCGUAGGCGCCCUACCUCUGAAUAUGCUCUACAGGAGGCUAAAUCUAAUUCACCCAGCUCAUUGCGUUUCAAGAGCGAGAAUAUUGUCGGCUAUGAAUUGGAAAUGCCCUGUCGUACCACGCAGGAAUACCGCACACCCAAAGUGUCAGCCUCCUUGCAGGCUGUCCUAGCCCAGGCCAUGCAAACGGGCAGCGAUGAUAUCGAUAUUGUAGAUUCCCAUACCAAUUCGCUGCGCAAUCGCCUCGAGAAUAUUAUAAACGGCAGUAGUGGUGGAGGAAAUGGUGGAGGAUCACCAGUUGGCCAAGGAAAUGGUAUUGUACCUGCACACGCGAUUACUCCUGGUAGUGGCGGCGUUGGUGGUAGCAAUGGUGGUGUUGGUGGCGGUGUCCGCAGUAUAAAAUCCAGUCGUGGUCUGCCCAGUGCGGACUCAAAUCGCCGUCCACCCACUGGUCGUGUGCCUAGCAAAAAACCAGCCUCGGCCUAUCCCAAAGCUCGGGGAUUGGUGAACAAAUAAAUCGAAUCGAAUAGAAUGAAAUCGAAUGGACUAACAGCUACACCUCACUUAUUUGGAUGCAAAACUAACCAAAGUAUUCAUAGUCACAUCAAA